AUGCCGUCGUUACUUGAACGUGUCGGACGUUCUCUUACUCGGAAGAAACCAGAACUGGUCUCUCCAACCGACGCCGCGCCCAAUGCCGCUCCAGGACCGCGUUCACCGACGACUGAGAAGUCGCAGGGCGUAUUUCAGUCGUUUCUACGCGCCAAAUCACCCACAAGAACGGACCAGCCCCGCGUCGUAAGAGCGCCGCACCUGUCUCUCCAUCUCCCCGACUACUCAGAAGGUGGGACAACCUACAAGGAAAAGCUCGGUAUCGUUUUUGAGCAGCUCCCCGAUCCAACGUACACGGACGAGGUCAUCGCCGCCAAACGCCUAAACACGGCAGAGACGCUCCAAUUGGUCCAAAAGACGUCGACACAGAUCAUCCAACGAGGACUUGAAACACCAGGCAUCUUCAAAUCGUUUUGGUAUACGCAAUCAGCCGAGAAACAACGUCGGCUUAUCGUGCUCUAUCUCCAGACCUUGGCCGGAGAAUCGGCUACCACGAGCACGACAGAAGAAGCAAAGCCAAAUCCGGCCGUCGAAACCCUCGACGAUUACUUGUCAAGCGCAUCGCCGCAUGAUGUCGCAGAGGUGCUCAAAUGGGCAAUUCGUCAUUUCCAGCUCGACGGUGCCUCGUUUGGAACAUCCUCGGACGAGUAUGGGUGGUACAAGUCCUUUGCCGAAGCGGAGAAAGAGGCGUCAUACCCCACCGACGCAUACACGACCCUCCUCGUCCCGCUCGUUCCACAAGGGCAUAGAGAUCUUCUCGAGGCUAUUUUCAAAUUUGCAACCUCGCUCGCGUCGUACGCAGAGCUCAACGGCAUCUCGGGCAGCAAGUUUACUCGUUCAAUCGGAUGGUGGCUGCUCAGUGAGCGCCGCGUUCCCACGAAUGGCCUGGUCGGAUUCAUCCACGACUGGGAAACGGCCGCAAGGAUUCUAGAGCAUCUGUUCCUUGCGUACAUUCGCGAUCAGCAACGGCUAGGAUUGAUGCCCAAACGUCUCACACAGCUCGUCAAGUCGUACCCCUAUUCUAAACAGGCUAUCCCAGAGGAUCAGCAUUAUCUACCUCGCCCUAAAUUCAGUACACAGAACCGACCGGUUCUUUUCGUCCGCGUCGCAGUUCCUCCAAACGCCAAGAACCAGUACAGUGGUCGCCCUAUUCAACUCUUACGUGAUGCGAUAUCCGCUCACGUCGAAGAGGGGUCUACAGACAGCCAGUACCAUGGUCUCUGGCUAGAAUUGCGGCGUUUGGCUGCGGGUGAUGGAGGCCAAACCCUUGCGCCGGACACUACACAGACACCAACUGUCUUUGUCACGGGACUGUUGACCGAAGCCACCCUGUCAAUGCUCUCCAGCACAAGCGGAGAAUCGACUGCACCAACCUCCUCCCGUCCGACCGACUCUGAGCCAGUCACCCCGCUCUAUCGCUCGCUUUCCCCAGGCCGCAAGACGACUGGCACCGUGUCCACGAACCCGACCGCCCCAACGUCACCAAUGGAAUGGGAAGAGUUCUCCGGAACCGGGUUCGGCUCCAUUUCCGAGGGUACUGCGCUCACCUUUUCCGAUUUUGGACCACCCAUGUCUCCUCGACAAACGUCUGCGACUGUUGGUGUGAAUUCGCGUUCGACAAAAGCGUCUCGCUCGACGCGUCGUCGGUCCAUCGAAUACAAGCAGCCACUCUCAGCCACGCCGUUGUCCCCCAUCAAUGGUCACACGACAGACGCUCCCAAAGAGUUUCCUGCAAAGGAUGCGUCGGCAGUUGUGCGCGAGUCUGUCGAGGGUUCGCUUUCAUUGGAUGAAACAUUGAUUGACGGGUGGGCUGAAGUCAUUCUUGAUCGCACCGUGGCCAGUGCGUGGCCCUCGUUUGUCUUGUAUGAGCUCCGCAGUCCGCUCACCGUGCCCCCUUCUACCGAAGGCGGCGAGGAUACGGUGAUCCGCUGGUUGGCGAUCGAGACGUACGUCUUGACGCCACCUGAACAGUCUGUGCCUUCUAGUCCCGUCAAGGCUACUUCUGGCACAAAGGUCAAACGCUCGUCGUCUGUCAAGUCUGACAAGCGAGCUCGGUUUGGAUUCUUCUCCAGUCAGACGUCGUUGCAUGCCAAAGAUGGCAAAGAGGAGAAGAAGGAGAAGCGCAAGGAACAUGUCAGGAGGGGCUCGGAGAUGAGCGUGGAGAGUGCUGCGAAGGCCAAAGAAGCCUCCAAGUCUCAAGUAGACCUCACCGCACCUGCUGCUGCGAUUGCAGAGGAACCGGAACCGUCGACUCCCAUCCCGGCGUUGUCGCAAGAUGUUGCACCCGUCGCCAAGGCUGAAGAGCCAGAAGCCAAAGAAGUUGUUGAAAGUCCUGUUCCUACAGCCACAAAGGUUCAGGAGGGACUGACCGUUGAUACCCUCGCCGUUCCCACCACCGUUAAUUCAAAGUUUAUCGAGGGUUCGACCCCAGGAACUAUUCCCGAAUCGAAUGCAGAUCCUACGGACACCGCACAUGCUACCGAACAGGUGACCAAAACGGAUGGUGUGGAGACAGGCCCUGCGCUGAAACAUCCCGAGCGCUCCGAUGGUGAUGCAACGGUGCCUGUGCAUGAUGUGCCUGUGACGGAGGUGCCCCAAGAAGCCGCAACGCAUCAUGAUAAUGAGACAAAGGGACUAGACGCCAGUACGCCGCCGGUUCCAACCUCGGACACUGUGCUUCUUCAUAAUGCAGUUCCCGUAUCUACGCCACCGGCCAUUGGUGGCCCAACGACGGUGGAACAGGGUACCCCAGCCGUAAAGGCUGAUGGAAGCGAUACUCAGCCGGAAAUUGGCAUUGCGCCUGUGUCGUCGUCUGGCAAUGGCGAUGAUGCGGUGAUCGCUGCGGACGCUUCUAGGGAGGUGCCGGCUGCAAAGGUUUCUGAUGUUCCCGAAAUUGCCGAGAAGGGUCCAUCUGAGGAUGAGGAAAAUGCGCAGGCGAUUCGUGAGGCCGAAGCUGCGGCGACAGUCGAGGCGGAACGCGUCGAGAGUGAGCGUUUGGAACAGGAGCGCAUCGAAAACGAACGUCUCGAAGCGGAGCGUCUUGAACAGGAGCGGUUGGCUGAGGCAACUAGAAUCGAGGCGGAGCGGGUCGAGGCAGACCGCUUGGAGCAAGAACGCCUCGAGGCGGAAAGAGUUGAGCAGGAGCGCCUGGAGGCCGAGCGUAUAGAAAAGGAGCGUAUUGAACAGGAAACGGAGCGCAUCGAAAAGGAGCGCUUGGAAGCUGAGCGCGUAGAGCAAGAGCGUUUGGCUGAGGAAGCAAGACUCGAGGCUGAGCGUCUCGAGCAAGAACGACUCGAUGCAGAGCGCAUUGAGGCGGAACGUAUCAAGAAAGAACGCCUGGCCGAAGAGGCCAGCCUCGAGGCGGAACGUGUCGAACAAGAAAGGCUGGCCGAGGCAGCAAGACUCGAGGCGGAGCGCAUCGAACAGGAGCGCAUCGAACAAGAGCGACUCGCCGAGGAAGCUAGGCUCGAGGCCGAGCGUGUUGAAAAGGAACGACUGGCGGAGGAAGCAAGACUCGAGACUGAGCGCCUGGAGCAGGAACGCAUCGAAAGCGAGCGUCUCGAAGCCGAACGUAUCGAAGCAGAGCGCAUUGAGGCGGAGCGGCUUGAAAAAGAACGCCUUGCUGAGGCGGCAAGAAUCGAAGCCGAACGCAUUGAACAGGAGCGUCUGGCUGAGGAGGCAAGAUUUGAAGCAGAACGCAUUGAGCAAGAACGACUGGCAGAAGAGGCUCGACUUGAGGCAGAGCGCAUUGAAAAGGAAAGGCUUGCAGAGGAAGCAAGGCUCGAGGCUGAGCGUAUCGAACAGGAGCGUCUGGCGGAAGAGGCGAGGCUCGAAGCCGAGCGUGUGGAACAGGAGCGCAUCGAAAAGGAACGCCUUGAAGCUGAACGUCUUGAAGCAGAGCGUCUGGAGAAAGAAAGAUUGGAGGCUGAACAGGCUGAAAAGGCAAGUGAGCGGUUGGAAGCCGAAAGAAUUGAAGCAGAGCGGCUCGAGCAGGAGCGUCUUGAACAAGAACGCAUUGAACAGGAGCGCAUUGAGGCUGAACGCCUUGAGAACGAACGGAUCGAGCGCGAGCGUUUGGAGGCCGAGCGUCUUGAACAAGAAAGACUAGAAGCAGAGCGCAUCGAGGCCGAACGUAUUGAGCAAGAACGCCUAGCUGAGGCAGCAAGGCUCGAGGCGGAGCGCAUCGAGCAAGAACGCUUGGCCGAGGAAGCGAGGCUCGAGGCGGAGCGCAUUGAAAAGGAGCGGUUGGAAGCGGAGCGUCUCGAGCAAGAACGGCUAGAGGCAGAGCGCAUCGAGGCCGAACGUAUCGAGCAAGAACGCCUCGCCGAGGCAGCGAGACUCGAGGCAGAGCGCAUCGAGCAGGAGCGCCUGGCUGAGGAAGCAAGAAUCGAAGCUGCACGCAUCGAACAAGAACGACUGGCAGAAGAGGCAAGGCUCGAGGCAGAACGCAUCGAACAAGAAAGACUGGCCGAAGAAGCAAGGCUCGAAGCUGAACGUCUCGAGCAAGAGCGACUCGAGGCUGAGCGCAUCGAGGCUGAACGUAAAGAGCAGGAGCGCCUAGCUGAGGAGGCAAGGAUUGAAGCCGAACGCAUUGAACAGGAGCGAUUAGCUGAAGAAGCAAGACUCGAGGCAGAACGCAUCGAACAAGAAAGGCUUGCCGAGGAAGCGAGGCUCGAGGCCGAGCGCAUUGAAAAGGAGCGGUUGGAAGCCGAACGACUCGAGCAAGAGCGACUUGAGGCGGAGCGCAUCGAGGCUGAACGCAAGGAACAGGAGCGCCUGGCUGAAGAGGCCAGGCUGGAGGCAGAACGUAUCGAACAGGAAAGACUUGCUGAGGAAGCAAGGCUCGAGGCUGAGCGCAUCGAAAAGGAGCGGUUGGAAGCUGAACGUCUUGAGCAAGAACGACUCGAAGCAGAGCGUGUCGAAGCUGAACGCAAGGAGCAAGAACGUUUAGCUGAGGAGGCAAGACUCGAAGCCGAACGCAUCGAACAGGAGCGAUUGGCUGAAGAAGCAAGACUCGAGGCAGAACGCGUUGAACAAGAAAGACUUGCUGAGGAAGCAAGGCUCGAAGCUGAACGCAUCGAGCAGGAGCGUUUGGCUGAAGAGGCAAGAGUCGAGGCCGAACGACUCGAGCAAGAGAGACUUGAAGCGGAGCGCGUCGAGGCAGAACGCAUCGAACAAGAAAGGCUUGCCGAGGAAGCGAGGCUCGAGGCCGAGCGCAUUGAAGAGGAGCGGUUGGAAGCCGAACGUCUUGAGCAAGAACGACUCGAAGCAGAGCGUGUCGAAGCUGAACGCAAGGAGCAAGAACGUUUAGCUGAGGAGGCAAGACUCGAAGCCGAACGCAUCGAGCAGGAGCGGUUGGCUGAAGAAGCAAGACUCGAGGCAGAACGCGUUGAACAAGAAAGACUUGCUGAGGAAGCAAGGCUCGAAGCUGAGCGCAUCGAGCAGGAGCAGAGACUCGAAGCGGAGCGCGUCGAGGCAGAACGCAUCGAACAAGAAAGAUUGGCCGAGGAAGCACGACUCGAAGCUGAACGCCUCGAGCAAGAGCGACUCGAGGCUGAGCGCAAGGAGCAGGAACGCCUAGCUGAAGAGGCAAGGAUCGAAGCCGAACGUGUCGAACAGGAGCGAUUGGCUGAAGAGGCAAGACUCGAGGCAGAACGCAUCGAACAGGAACGACUGGCUGAAGAGGCAAGGCUCGAGGCUGAGCGCAUUGAAAAUGAGCGCUUGGAGCAAGAACGCCUUGCAGCUGAACGAGCUGAGAAGGAACGCUUGGAAGCCGAACGCCUUGAACAGGAGCGCCUUGAGCAAGAGCGGUUAGAAAACGAGCGCGUCGAGCAGGAGCGAAAGGAGGCGGAGCGUUUGGAAGCGGAGCGGGUUGAAAAGGAGCGCUUGGAAUCUGAGCGAAUCGAACAAGAAAGGUUGGCCGAGGAGAAGAGGCUCGAAUCUGAGCGAAUCGAGCAAGAAAGGCUGGCAAAGGAGGCAGUCGAGCCUAUUCAAACGACCGAAUUCAACGGUCCUACUGUUGAAGACUCGGUUCCCGCAAAAGAAGAAACCAAACCCCUCGGAGAGGAGAAUGGGGUUGCCGAAGAUGCCCAGGCUGGGUAUCCCGAGUCCAUUACCAAAGUAUCGGAAUCAACUCCAGUGCCAAAGAAUGAAGAAGGCGAGCUGGUUUCGGAGUCUGCUCACGAUGAACAGAAGCCCAAGGCCGUUGAAGGGGCCUCGGUUUGA